AUGUCAGAACAAAUAUCGUCUUCACAAACAUCAUCAUCAAUACUUAAUUUAUCGUUACCUUCUAAACCGUUAUCGUUACCUUCACGACCAUCAAGUUCGACUUUCACUUCUAUCCCAAUCUCAAGUGCGACGAAAAGCUCUGCAGGAUCGACCACGACUACAUCAUCAUCACAAGCAAACACCCUCCCAAGUAAACCUGUAUAUUCAUUACCUCCUAAACCAACUUUCUCAAUCCAAGCUUCUACUAGAACUAGGACAAGGUCACCAGACAGAGAGAGAGAAAGAGAAAGUGAUAUCCCAUCUUACAGGAGAGAAACUGAAAGCUACGUUCCACCCCCAUCACCACCUCCAAGCAGAUAUAGGAGCUAUAGAUCACCUUCCUCACCACCUAUCAGAAGAGGAAGAUAUAGAUCACCUUCACCUCCUAUCAUAAUCAAGAGGAACGAUACUUAUAUACCUGAAAGGAAUUUAUCAAGAUCCCCAUCCAUUCCUCCUUUGAGAAAGACACAAACAAGAUCGAUCCAUGCUCAAUUUUCGCCUUCUCCUUCUCCACCCCGAAAAUUAAGCCAUCAUAGAGGAAGAUCAUACUCCUAUUCCCGUUCGCCCUCCCCUUCAUUGCCCAGAAGAAGACGUCAUUCACCUUCAACAGUAGAAGAACCAUUGACAAAACCAUUCUACACACUAUCUCAUCAUAAAGAGCAGUACUACACUGAAAGAAGAGAAGACAGAGCUACAGGGGAACACACGAAAAGCUUACAAGAUAGACUAGGAGGAUUUCAAAAUCGUCAGCGAGAGAGUCCUCAAACGUCAUCUGUUCCUUUCAAACGACCUCCUUCACCUAUUCUCCCAUCUUCUGAGCCUUCGGCGAAACUACUUAAACCUAUACCUACAGGUCCUAGAAAGUCGCAAGCCUUCUCUACAGCGGCUGCUAUUCCAAUUGGCCCCAGAUCUGAUCGACUUCCACCGACUGGACCAAGAUCGCAAAACACACCUCUUGUUUCGACUACUUCAAAACCUGAACAGCUCGACUCGGCUUCUGCACGUUCUCGAUCACCUACCCCUUUCAACGGCUCGGACGAAGAUAUGGCCGGCCCCUCACGAUACAAACCAAAGGGAAAUAACACCACUCGUAAGGGUGGUGCCGGUGGGAGUACGGGAGGAAAUCUACAACAACUCUCACCACCGUUCAGAGAUCGCACUCAAAUAAUAAACGAAUUCGGGCAUGGUGUAGAGUUGAAAAAUCCGCAAUGGGCCGAGAAUCCCAAAGCGCCUUUGGCCAACUAUUUGGGUAAUGGAAGCGGUGGUGCGGAAGAUCAACGGUAUAAGGUCGAGGAAGGCAUGAUUGGGAACAAAAGGAUAUGCAGAGUAUCUGUCGUCGGUGAUCCCAACAGAGGGAUAAUUGGGGUAGGCGACCACGCAGUGAGGAAAGAAGCAGAAAAACUAGCUGCUCUAAGUGCAGUCUUACAAUUGACAGCCUCAGGCUUACUGGACAAAGGCAAAUCGAGUGGAAAGACUGCCAGUCCUUCAGCCGAGAACGGUGCGAAUUCUCCAAUGCAUAUAUCUGGAGGAAGUUCGGACACCGCCAAAUUAUCCGAUGCUUCGGUAAUCUCAUACGACCGUGCACGACAAUUCAUGGAGUACUAUUGUCAACGAUAUAAGUUUGGUAAACCAGAUAUCGAGUUUUCGCAAACCUCACAAUCAUCCAACAAAGGACGAAAAGCCAAAUCAUCCAUGACAUGGGAUGCAGUCAUGACUGUUGGAGCCAGAAGAAUAGGCAUGGGUCAAGCAUCAAACAAAAAAGGCGCUCAAAUUAAAGCUUAUCUCGAUGUGACGCAAUACCUUGAAAGUUGUGAUCCUGUUUUAUGGCAAGAUUUCGUUGAAUUCUCAAAGACGGAUAAAAGUGCCAACCUCGGUAAAGUACCACAUUUGGUUUUCCAGAUGUCCGAUCAUCUUAAUGAGGAUAUCCAAGGUUUAUGUGGCGAUAUAAGACAUUCAAGAUUAUGGGAGAAAGCCCCCGUUUCAGGUGUAGCAGCUAACGAGCCCCAACCUCUUCCGACCUGGGGCUCAGGAGGUAACAGGCAACUUAGCGAGAAACAGCUCAUGGAUAAAUCCCUCGACCUGCAGGAUCGAUUAGCUGCAUACGAAAGUGACCCCAAACUGGAGAAGAUGAGAACACAACGUCAAUCUCUCCCUGUCACAUCUCGAGCAACGGAAAUUUUGGCCAAGAUUGAAGUCAACGAUGUCACGAUCGUUAUGGCUGCAACAGGUUCGGGAAAGACCACUCAAGUACCUCAACUACUCUUCGACGAUUAUAUCAACCGAGGGGAAGGCGCGAAAUGUAAUAUCGUCUGUACUCAACCUCGUCGACUUGCAGCCAUGUCAGUAGCAGAGCGAAUCGCAGAUGAAAGAGGUCAACCACUCGGUAAAGAAAUCGGUUAUCAAGUUCGAUUCGAUGUCAAAUUACCUCAACCAAAUGGAAGUAUCACUUUUUGCACUACCGGUAUCUUCCUUAAACGAAUGCAAUCAGCUCUAGGUGCAACAGCCGAUCCUGGCGCCGUAGCGAGAAUGGAUGAAGUAACCCAUAUCGUUGUGGAUGAAGUACAUGAGAGGGAUAUCGAUACGGAUCUGUUACUGGUGGUCUUGAAACGACUACUCGCAGACAGAUUGAAAAGGAAAAGGCCCCUCAAGGUGAUUCUCAUGUCAGCCACCAUCGACCCAACCCUUUUCAAAAGUUACUUUGCCGAUUCUAGGGGACGACCAGCUCCAGUAGCUGAGAUUCCUGGACGGACCUUCCCAGUUGAAAGAACUUAUCUGGAUGACAUCAUUCCCCAACUUCAAGGUAUUCCGCUUAACAGGGGAGGUUGGGUAUUUAAGGAAAAGAAUGUGACGGAGUAUUUGGCCAAAGAGCUCAGUAGGGAUUCGUCAAAUUUCGCUCCUGGAUCCGGAAUGGGAUUGGAAAUACCAUAUCCCCUAGUGGCGCUGACAAUCGCAGAUGUGAUGAAACGAUCGGAUGAUGGACAUGUCUUGGUGUUCUUACCUGGAUGGGAUGAGAUCAAAAAAGUCGCAGAUAUACUCAUGGAUACUAGAAAUCGACCAUUAAUGGGAACGAAUUUUAACGAUGAUUCCAAAUACAGUAUACAUUAUCUUCAUUCAACUAUUCCAGCUGCUGAACAAAAAGAAGUCUUCAAACCUCCUCCAUCCGGUGUCAGACGAAUCAUCUUAGCCACGAACAUCGCUGAGACAUCAAUCACAAUUCCCGAUGUUGUGUACGUGGUUGAUACUGCUAGAGUGAAAGAAAAGCGAUAUGAUCCAGAAAGACAUAUGUCAUCCCUUGUGUCUGCUUGGGUUGGUUCAUCAAACCUCAAUCAAAGAGCCGGAAGAGCUGGAAGACAUCGUGAAGGUGAAUAUUACGGUCUACUCUCAAAAAAGAGGUUAGAAGCGCUUGAUGCACACCAGAUGGUGGAAAUGAAGAGAAGUGAUCUAAGUAACGUGGUCAUGCACGUCAAAGCGCUUAAUUUGGGUGAAGUCGAAGAGGUACUUGCAGCCACUAUCGAGCCUCCUGAAACCAACCGAAUAACAGCAGCUAUGGAAGUAUUACGAAUGCUAGGUGCGAUGGAUGCCCAACAAAACCUCACUUCACUUGGUCGAGUCUUACUUCAGUUACCUGUGGAGGCAGCAAUCGGUAAACUAUGCUUAUACGGUUCUUUCUUCAGAUGUUUGGAUUCUGCUCUUACACUUGCAGCUGUUUUGACAAAUCGAGAUCCUUUCCUCGCCCCAAUCACCAUGAAGGCUGAAGCCGAUCGUAUCAAAGACUCGUGGUGUCCACCCGCGUUCCGAUCAGACCCUUUAGCCAUCGUAGCGGCCUAUAAUCAAUGGUCAGCAAUGGAUGAUAGAGGAGAAUAUCGAUCUGCAAAUCAGUUCUGCUCUGACAAUUUCUUGUCCAAACCUACAAUGUUACAAAUCAAGCAAGUCAAAGGCAGUCUACUACAAUCGUUAGAUCAGGCUGGGGUCAUAGCUGUAUCUGCUGGAGGAACUGUCAAUAGAAUAGGAAGGAGAUUGACUGUCCCAGCUGCAUUAAAUGAACACGGAAACAGUUUACCUUUAUUGGCCGCACUCAUUGCGAUGGCGAAUGCGCCAAAUUUCGCUUUGCGAACUUCGGAAAAGACUUGUCGUACAUCCCAAGACAAGACUGUGUUCAUUCACGCUUCUUCGGUGAAUUCACGUCGACGAGAAGUCGGCGGACCAGAGGAAGCCUCUGCAUCAUUCAAUCCAGCAGAAAAAAGAUUGUAUGCUUUUGGUGAGAAAUCACGUAAUGUACCUUUGGGAGGCAAAGAGACAGGUGGUAUCACUCAGUUGAGAUCCGUUACAAGAUUGGACCCUAUGACAUACAUGUUAUUCGGCGCCUACGAGCUGGUAGUUACUCAAAGAGGAUUAGAAUGUGAUAGGUGGUUACCCGUCAUUGGCAAUUUACAUGCUUUGGACGAUGUACAAAGACUGAAAGUGCUUUUAGAUGGAUGUAUGUUGAGGGUUUUCGAAGGUGUUGGAAAGUCAUUAAUCAAAGGGAGGGAUGAAAGAUGGCGUAAGAAUAGAGACAAAGUCCAUGUACGUGAAGGGAAUUCUAAAAUCGUCUUGAACCAAGAUCAAGAUCAAGAUGAUGGAAGAGAAGAUGAAGGUGAAAAUGAAUCUGACGAUGAAGAUGAUAUGAACGAAGGCUUGGACGAUAACGGUAAACCGAAAGGGAAAUUAAGAAUCGUUGAACCUUUAACAUUGGACGAGAUCAAGGAAUUGGAAUUAUUGACCACUGACGUGGUUAGGGUUUUAGACGCUUAUGCGAAUGAGAGAGAAGGUGGCAGUACAGUUGGAAGUAGACCAGUCACUCCUGGUCCACAUGCUUUCCACAACGGUGUGGACACUUCCAGCAGAUCGUUCAAUAACAGUGGAGAUGGAAAUGGAAGUGGAAGUGGAAAUGGAAAUGGGACGUAUAAGCCACCACGAAUCCAACAAAGUAGGAAAUGGUAG